AUGGCUUUUGUUGAUCUUAAUACUCUCAAUGUCUUGACGGUGCUCUUCAUCGACAUGGGAGGAGCUAUUAUCAUAUUUCUGGGGUUCCUUUAUGUCAGAAGUCUCAGAGGUGAUAGGAAGAUAGUAAGAUCAAGUUUCACGAAUAAGAUGGUGACUGAAGUUGUAUUUGAAGAAAGUUAGCUUGAAAAUAGUAAAGCAGAUGAGGAGGGUGUCACUAAUCGAUUACUCAAUGAAAAAGACAAGUAGAAUUACUUGCUAAUCGACACUAAACCUCGCAAUGAAGAACUUAGGAAAAGCAAGAACUGGUGGCUCAGUUCCGACUCUGACUAGAGUUAGGAUCAUGGCAGAUCAGGGAAAACUGGGGGUAAGAACGCAAUCUCUACCUAUACUCUAGGCUAGUCUUAAAAAGAAACUAGCAAUAAGGGCUUAAGAGAAAGUGAACUGCCAUUGCUGAGGCACCAAUAGAGAUUAGUGAGUAUUGAUAUUGAAAAGCCUAAAAUCACUCCUUAUAACAAAGAAUCAGAGGCUGAGGAAGAGAAGUAAGAAAUAGAGUUUGAAAGAGAGAGUGAGGCACCCAAGAAAAUUGAAACCAAUUAAUCUGAAAAGGAACAGGCUUAGGGAGCAUUUAGAAAAUUCUCGAUUCUAUAAAAGUUCAGGAAAUUUAAACAUAAACAGAAUCAUCCAUCUCAAGGAGGGAUUAAUAAAGAAACUGUAACUACAGAUGGAGACGAUUAGCCCUCAGGUAUGCUAGAUUGGCUGCAUAUUUUAAGAGGGAUGAAGGAUCAAGAUUUGAAGUUGAUUUGUGGAACAGACGCAGCUCUAUUUAUCGUAUUUCAACGCCUAGCUGCUAAGUUCUUUGCUCUGCUUACGAUUAUCAACUUUGCUGUUUUUAUUCCUCUCUAUGUGACUGGUUUUCCAUAAGAUCCUGCUGAUGUAUAAGACCCAAAUGGUGAUACUUGCUUGGUAGCAUUAACAACGAUAAUGAAUAUCACUGGAAAUGAUACUAAGGUUACUAUAGUUUAUUUUCUGAUAAAUUCAAUAUAUCUUGGAGCUGCUCUUGGCUUUAUGUAUUUCUACUGGAAAAGAUCCGUUGAAUGGAGAUAUAAGAAGCAUUCUCAUAAAUAGUAGUUUGUUGACCAUGAUAUUGCUCUUCAUUCAAUUAUGGUUACUGGUAUCAAUAAUAAUAUAGACAUGUAAAGUGCUAGAGAGCAUAUUGACUUGGUCUUCCAUAAAUUAUUCCCAGACGGAAGAGUAAUCUCAACUAGAAUAAUAGGCAAAUCGGAUAGACUUUAUACAAUGGCUUUAAGAUUAAAAGAACAUAAAAAGUACUAUAGAUUCUAUCGAAGAGCAAAUCGUCAAGCAAGGAAUGAGGGUGAUGACACUCGCAAAAUGUUUUAUAAGAACAAGGGAUGCUGCAAAGGCUUGACUAAAUUUGAUGCUGAAGAGUACUUUAAGAAGAAGAUUAGAAAGAGAUGUCUAUAGAUAAAGUCUACAGAAGAUUAGCUUUAAAAGAUAAAUGGAGGUAUUGGCUUUGUCAAUUUUAUAUCAAACUUAUAAGUCAAACAAUGUCUGCAUAAAAAUUUCAAGAAUCUGUUGCAGUCAAACCUUACUGAAGAGGAAAUUACUAAAACUUAAGCAAACACUUGGACUAUUAGAUAAGCCCCUUCAUAAUCUGAUAUUAUCUGGGAAAACAUUUACAACAAUGACAUCUUAACUAUAAUUAAGUCAUAUUUCUUGAUAGUAGUCCUCUUUGUUACCUGUGUCUUGAUUGUUACACCUGUUUCUAUUCUUGAUAAUCUGCAGCCUAUUCUCAACUUUAUCUUUGCUGAGAUUGGUGAAACCAACAUCAUAUCUGUGAUGAUCUAAACUUACAUUUCACCAAUUAUUCUUUUGAUAUUCAAUUCUGGUAUUGUUCCAGUACUUAUUGAUAUUGUGGCUGCUCUUGAGGGGCAUAAACUCAAAAGUUUAAAGUAACUUGGCAUAAUGAGGAAGAAUUUCUUCUUUAUGCUAAUGAAUGUAGUGUUUUUGCAACUAACAGCCUAAGCUACGGUUCUUUCAUUCUUAGACUAUUCCUUAGGAAACUAAUUCUUUGACUUACCUAAAGCUCUUGGCAAGAAUCUAGUAAACAAUAACUACUUCUUUUUACGUUUUACUAUUCAGCUGACAUUCAUCAGCAAUGGAAUACAACUGCUGGAUAUUCCACAUCACUCUAUCAAAAUUCUAAAAUAUGCAAUCUACAAAAUUAAACAAAAAAAGGAAAUCAUCAAGCAACCAUUUGUUGAUAACUUCGCUUAUGAUCUUGGUUACUAUCAAUCUCAAACUAUUGUUGUCUUUGCACUAGGACUGAUAUUUUCUGGGACAAUGCCCUUGAUUAGUUUAUUUGCAACAAUGUUCUUUGGCAUUAGAUAUUACAUAGAGAAGUAUAAUUUAACUUUCGCAUACAAUAAGGAGUUUGAAGGUGGUGGUGUUAUUAAGAAGUAGGUGAUACCAUUUAUGAUGCUAUCUAUCUAUCUCUUUGAGUUUUUAAAUCUUGGCUAUUUUACCUUUAAAUUUGGAGAUGUAUUCUUUAAAUGGGGACUCGCUUUUAUAGCUGGCUAGACACUGCUUAUGAUCUUCCUUAACACUCUUUAUAGUACAAAAAAGAGGCGUCAAAGAGCAGACCUUGCAAGUUAAGUUGAGUAGCUAAACAGUGCGUUAACUAUUGAAGAGUAUCAUAAACAAAACCAAAAGAUGCUGAGGCAAGAGGAAGAUGAAAUGAUGAAGAUGGAAAAAGAUAAUAAAGAAAAGAAUAAGAUUCAACAGUUCAUAGAUACUAAUGUUUUACUGAGUACUGAGCGUCGACUGACUCUUGCUAACUAAUAGAUACUCUCUGAACAAAACACUGAGAUACUAAAGUAGGCUUACAGACAUCCAUUUGAAAAGAUUCCACAAUCCUAUUUCGAUCCUAAUUUAGGUUAUUGA